AUGAAGCUCACUUCAAUCAUAUCCGCACUUCCGCUUUUCACAGCUUUUGCAUACGCGGCUGAUUCCAAACUCGACGUUGCCUCAGUGAUCUCUGAGUUCUACCCGACAAAAACCCCCAGCGUCGAGGCUGCAGUCUCCACCUCUCUGGCAUCUGCGCUCCACAGCGUACAGGCCUCUUGGUUUGAUAGUCCAGCCCAGACAUCCGCCUACAAAGCCAUCUACUCCGCCGCUCCUUCGAGUCUCAAAUCUUCGCUUGCUUCGUCGGGAUACAGGUACGCACAGAUCACUACACAGGAGUGGUAUACGAAGGACGUACCGAAAGCUCAGCAGACAGAUCUCGCCAAGGAGGACGAGGCCCUCAAGAGUGCGGCGCGGAAGAUUCUGGGUACUUCAACGAGCACGGGAGGUGCAGUGCAGAGAACUGGCAUGGCCGUUGCUGGCGUUGUUGGCGCAGUUGGAGCUGUUCUGGCAGCUCUGUAG